AUGGAACAAGGCCUGAAACUUACACACGAUGAAGGGGGAUCUCGUGUUGAUGCUAGCCAAUAUCGACGUUUGAUUGGGCGGCUUCUCUAUCUUCAAGCCACUAGACCCGACCUUGCCUAUUCGGUGAACGUGCUUAGCCAGUUUGUUGCUAAUCCAAGACAGGUCCACUUUGAUGCUGCUAAUCGUGUCCUUCGCUACCUUAAAAACACCACGGGCCAAGGCAUUUUAUUACCAAGAGAAGGAGGAACUAAGUUAAUUGCCUACUACGAUUUGGACUGGUUAGGAUGUCCUCUCACCAGAAAGUCUCGAACCGGGUAUCUCCUUCUUUUUGGAGGAGGUCCAGUUUCUUGGAAAUCCAAGAAACAAUCGGUCGUCUCCCGUUUGUCUGCUGAAGCUGAAUACCGUGCUAUGACGUCUACAGUUAGUGAGGCUUGUCAUAGAGUGUCAGGAUUUCCAACAUUCUUUAUUUAG